GGCGCUGGCGCAGCCGUGGGGAGGGGGGCCCCGGCCGCGGCCUGCGCGGUGCAUCGUGGGUAGAGGGGCCGAGGCCGCGUCGGUCGGUCGGUCGGUGGGUCGUCGCCCGGCCGCGGCGGGGGGAGGAGGGAGCCCGGGUCUGCGUCCCCCCCGCCCCGCCAUGGGAGACUCGGCACGGGCCGCACCGGGAGGCGGAGCAGGCGGGGAUUGCAGGAGUCCCGACAGUUCCUCUCUCAGCUCGUCCCCCCCGCCCGAGCCUUCGGCCCCCCUGCACCCUUCUAUGAUCGGCUCUGCCAUGACCACCUCCCUCGGCGGGCUGGGCUCCCCGUUCCCCGUCAUCAGUUCUUCUAUGGGCUCCCCAGGUCUCCCUGCAACUCCCUCCGUCGGCUACGGGCCUGUCAGCAGCCCCCAGAUCAACUCCACGGUGAACCUCUCGGGCCUACAUCCGGUCAGCAGCUCGGACGACGUCAAGCCCCCGCUGGGCAUGCGGGUGAUGUCUGGCCACACCCACGGGAGCAUGAUGCCCGGCAAGCGCCUCUGCGCCAUCUGUGGCGACCGGUCGUCAGGCAAGCAUUAUGGGGUGUACAGCUGCGAGGGCUGCAAGGGCUUCUUCAAACGCACCAUCCGGAAGGACCUGACCUACACCUGCCGCGACAACAAGGACUGCGUCGUGGACAAGCGCCAGCGUAACCGCUGCCAGUACUGCCGCUACCAGAAGUGCCUGGCCACCGGCAUGAAGCGCGAAGCGGUGCAAGAGGAGCGCCAGCGCGGGAAGGACAAGGAAGGGGAGGGGGACUUGGCCGUGGGCGGGGCCAACGAGGACAUGCCCGUGGAGAAGAUUCUGGAAGCCGAACUGGCCGUGGAACAGAAAUCGGACCAAAGUGUUGACGGAUCCGGCACGGGGGGCAGCUCGGUGAGUGGGGGUUGUGGUGCUCCGGGAUCAGAACGCUCGCCCCGGACCUUUGACGUAAACGAGCCCAACGACCCCGUGACCAACAUCUGCCAGGCGGCCGACAAGCAGCUCUUCACGCUCGUGGAGUGGGCCAAGCGCAUCCCCCACUUCUCGGAGCUGCCCCUCGAUGACCAGGUCAUCCUGCUGAGAGCGGGCUGGAAUGAGCUGCUGAUCGCCUCCUUCUCCCACCGCUCGAUCUCUGUGAAGGACGGGAUCCUGCUGGCCACGGGGCUACACGUGCAUCGCAACAGCGCCCACAGUGCUGGCGUGGGUGCCAUCUUUGACAGGGUGUUGACGGAGUUGGUGUCGAAGAUGCGGGACAUGCGGAUGGACAAGACGGAGCUGGGCUGCCUGCGGGCCAUCAUCCUCUUCAACCCAGAUGCCAAAGGGCUCUCGAACCCGGGAGACGUGGAGCUACUGCGGGAGAAAGUGUACGCCUCGCUCGAGUCCUACUGCAAACAGAAGUACCCGGAGCAGCAGGGCAGGUUCGCCAAGCUGCUGCUGCGUCUCCCGGCGCUGAGAUCCAUCGGGCUGAAAUGCCUGGAGCACCUCUUCUUCUUCAAGCUGAUUGGGGACACCCCCAUCGACACCUUCCUCAUGGAGAUGCUGGAGGCCCCCCACCAGCUGUCUUGACCCCCCCCCCCCCGAGGGCUCCACAGGAACACAUGCCUGGACGGACUCGACCACCAGGCCCCCCUCCCCUCUCCGAUGUUGCAGCCACCCCCCCCCCACUUGUCCUGCGUCUCGACCCCCCCACCCUGCCCAACCCCAGAGGCCGCCUUCUGAAGAGAGGGAGGGGGUCUUGCUGGACAGCUGGAUGUUUGAUGAAGGGGGGUCAUCCUGUCAGCUGACAUGGAACAUUGGGGGGGGCUUCCCUCCGCCCUGACGCACUCCAAGCUGGGGGGGGCCUGUCAGGAGAGAAAGGCUGCCCACAUAGGGUUGGGGGGGGGCACUGACACUCCCUUCGGCUGUGCUCAGAAAUCAGGUUUAAAGGUACGACGUGUCAGGAUGGGGGUCUAGGACUGUGGGGGGGGGCUUUGUGCUUUGGAAGGGGGGUGUCACUUUUAAAGAAUGCCUCUUGCAUCAGCUAGAAAUAGUUGGGUGGCAGUUUCUUGCUGGGGGGGGCACCCACCCUCCUGAAGGAGGAGUUUUAAAGACCUUGCCUGUUACUUCAGAGUUUGGUGGGAGGGGCCGGGCGGUCUCCAGUGAGCUGGACGGGCCCCUUCCCCAAAUGGGCUUUCAGGGAGGGUUGCCAGCUGUCCGCGGGGGG